CUUUUCAAUAAAAUUUCGGAUUUGUGAGAAAUCUUACUUUUUAAAAUAAAUACUUUUUAAACUUUACCAAACAUGCUCUUCGAUGUUCAAAACUUCAGAUUGUACCAAAGUCUUCUCGACCAUCUCUAGAGUCUAAUAUUGAGACUCACUUUCAUACUCACUUGUCAUCUUUUUCCCAGAAAGUGCAAUUUUAACUUCCAGCUAAACAUGAGAAUUGAGAAACAAAUGUCAAAUGAAAAUCAUAACAUAAUUACUAACGAUCUAAGUAAUUUAGUGAUAAUUUUUCUUUCACAUAAGUUCGAACUGUAAGCAUGAAAGUGGGAGGAGGAAAAGAAUGUCAGAGGAUUGCCUCAAAAUUACAUAAAUAAAUAAAUAAAAUAAAAAAUUACUUAAGUAGUUAGGAAUACAUAUUCUUUAAAGAGAGGUAGUAACACAUAUUUCCUUAAUCAUUCACUAAUUUAAUACACAAUGAUAAUCUUCAAACUUAGGUAUUCUUGUCAAAUGAAUUUUUUUAUUCUUACUUAUUUCCAUAAUUUGACCAAAAAUAAUAAUGAUUACUCUCCAAACAAUGAUGUUAUGCUUUACCAAAGUUCCCCCCACCCACCGUAAAAAAAAGAAAAAAAAGAAAAAAAAAACUCUAUAUUCUCCUCUGUGGCAGGGGCAGGGGCAGGGGCAGGGGCAGGCAAGGCACCAACCAUGGACAUAUAAAUUCAAAAAAAAAAAAAAAAUUAAUGUAAGAUGCAUCAUUUCAACUCACAACAGAGAUCCUCUCAUCAUUUUGAUUAUUCCUGAGGAUACAAGGAUCUCAAUAUCUUAUUGGGCUUAGCAACGUCCAUUAUUAGAGUGGGAACUCGAAAUCCAUACAACAAACUCUACAAAUUAGGAUUUGGAGAAUCACAUUGGAAUAUGACAUGAAUAAAAACACAAUUAUAAGUGGCAUGGUAUAAUAGAGAAGAGUAAAAAUUAGAACAAUCCUAGCAUUUUAUGCUAAGAUUACUAGUGAAAUUGUUCAUUAAUGAAUAUUUCUUGUAUGUUGAUUCACUAACGAUAUUUAAGUCUUUUUACUAUUUUUUUUUGACAUUUUAAUUGUUAGGAUGUUCUAAUUGCUCUCAAUCCCUAGUACCAAUAUGGUCCACAAAACUCUUAAACAAAAGGAGGGUCCAUGCGGUAUAACUGGAAGAUGAUAAAGUUCUCCCUAAAUGCAAUGCAUGCUAUGCUUCCACAAGUUUUAAAAACAAACAAUGCUCUAACUCAAUGAUUUUCUACAAUGAAAUACACCAUUUUAGCCCUUGAACUUUCUAGUUCUUCUCAAUUAAGCCAAACUAAUUCUGGUCCAAAUAAGUCCCCUUUCUCUUAAUUCCAGAUCAAGUAAACCUAGAAUCAUUAAUUUUCAAAGAAAAACACUACAUAAGUAAAUGAAUUUCUAGUUGAUUAAGCAAAUUAAAUGAUCUUGUUUUUUUCAAUUAAAAAAAAAAAAAGGAUGCUUCCUGAUCAACAUGGAGCCCGUGAGGGAAGCACUGAAAUUGGUGCUUGAUGCACAACACAUGCUACUAUCAACAGAAAUAACUAAAUCUAGUACUACUUUGACACUUGAAAACCAGAACUAAAAGCCUUGUUCUUUUAAAUUUUUAAUUACGUUAUAAAUUUUUUUUUAAAAAAAAGAAUUUAAUAAAUAAAAAAUUUGAUCAAAGGUUAAAUGUGUCAUCCAAAAAAUUCAUACAUUUAGGUUUAUUUGUUCCAAAAAUAAGAGACAACUUAAUUA